AUUUGAUAUAAAUUUUUCAUGCGAAAUGAAUAUUAGUAAUUAACUUCAUUGAAAACUAAGCUAGCGAUUAAUUCUGCCGUCUAACAAGUUGGGUAAUUAAGUGGAUUAUGAACUUAAGCUCUUCUAAUAUGGUGUAUACAAAAGCAAACAUUUGAUAUUAUUCAUUGUGAAUUUCAAUAAUUUGUCUGAACUAUUGUGAAUAAUUAGACGAAUAUUGCACAAAAAAAAGUUAUAAUAAUUGUGUUGUGGGAUUUAGCUACAGUUUUAAUUCGGAAUUCGUUGAGUUUGGUUAUAGUAUGAGUGAGAAGAAAUGGACAGCUAUUACAAGGAGAUUAUGUUAAGAAAACGCAUUUCUGAAUGUUAAGUGAUCGUACAAACUAAUUGGCUUGACAACUAUUGUGGUGAAAAAAGUUGUUUAGAUAUUGGCUUAAUCAAGUAUUUUGUAUUUAUCCUAACCAUAAAUACAAAAUUAUAUAAAAUCAAGGCUAAGAAGCAUCGAACAAUUGGAAAAUUAAAAUAUCGGGAAGAUUUGAAGCUGUACUGGACUAUCAUUGAACUCUUCUUCACCCUGUGCAAAUGUCUAAUUUUGGUCCCUACAAAUAUCUAAUAUUAUAUCAUUACGUUUGCAAACAGUGUUUUCAAGUUCAAAUUAACAAGAAAAAACUUUUUUUGUAAAUAGUUUAUAUAUCAUUUAUUACAGGACAAUUUUGAAGAAUUUUUACUUUUUAUAAUGACUGAAGCCACAGCCACACCUACACUCGUACCAUCACCUUCACCAUCGCUACCACUACCUGUACCAGGAAAUGAUGUAGUUACAGCUCCCGCACCAGCGCGGCCUAUAUUAGUUGGUAAUGAGUUUAUUAAGUUCUAUUAUAGCAUGAUGGGUAAAUCUCUAAAAAACAUGCAUCGAUUUUAUAUGAAAACAUCAACAUAUAAGCAUGGUAAACUCCCAGAAGCAAUGGGACAAAAAAGUAUACAUGAAUGUAUUAUGGGUUUAAAUUUACAAAAUUCAACGAUACGUAUUAAUUAUAUUGAUGCACAAGAAUCAAUAGAACGCGACAUUCUCGUUCAAACAGGUGGAACAAUUAGUUUUGAUAAUAAUAGUGAUGAGCGACCUUUCACUCAGAUGUUUGUACUGUCUGCACAAACUACUAAUAAAUUCGUUGUCCUAAACGAUGUUUUUGUCUAUGAGGAUGAGUAUAUGGUGAAUGAAUCGGAUAUAGAUACAACAUAUGAUACAGAUGUACAAUUAUGUGAAAUCAGAACAAGUGAAACUACACAAAAAUCACAAAUUGCGGAGCCAUUUGUAAUCAAUGUUUCUACGACAUUGUCAGAUGUUCCAUUAGAUGAUCAAAAUUGCUCUAACAUAGCUUUUGCGAGUGGUUUUGAAAUAACUGAAAGUGAAAGUGUAGACGUACAAUCGGCGGUGCCAAAUGUUACUAUAUCGUUGACAGAACCAGUUGACAAAGGUCCUUUAAGUGAUUUAGCAGAAAUAGAAGCUUUAUUACUUAAAGAUAACGUCGAUCAAAUUUGGUUCUUUGAUAGGGAAACAUCUGAAGACAAUUUUCAAGAAAGUAAUAAUGAUGCCGCAACACAAGAAAAAGUUGAAGAAAAAAUUCAAAUAAUUGAACAAGCAGAACCGAUUCAAAUACCAUCUAUCGCUGAUAAUGAAAAUAAUAAUGUUGAUAAUAUUAUUACUGCAACAAAACAGAAGACUACAAACGUAGAAUCAAAAUUGAUUAAUGUUCCAACAACUUUUCCUCAAGUUCGUCAAGCUUGGAAUGUACCUUUAGUAAGUUUUCCACCAAUGCAAAAUGCCGACGAAAACGAUGGAUCUGGCUACACAGGGCCAAAAAGUAUGUUCCAUCAAUCAAGUAGAUACUUAGAGGAAUAUCCACCUGUUAAUGUACGUAGUAAAAUUAAAAAAACAUACAUUCCCCCACCAAUUACUCCUAAUAUAGAUGAUGAAUACGGUAGGUGUAGUCAUUAUUAUGUAAGAACAAAAAUGUCAAGAGAAACUAUUUUGCGUUUAAUAGAAGAUCAACUAGUGAAUGGGACGCAUAAACAGUCGAAAAGAUAUAAAAAGUUUCGUAUGGGUGUAGAAGCUAAAAAGUUGGGAAAAUUGAAGGAGCAAGAAGAAAGUAAGACAACUACAUCAAAGACAAAAAAGAAAAAGAAUUAUAAAAUGAAGAGCUUGUUAACAAAUCUUCAUAUAAGUAACGUCGAUUUUGGAUUAAACUCAACAAUACUUGUUUCAGAUGAACAACAGUGUUUCAACAAUAACAACUUAAUUGAAUCCACUAACGUAAUGGGAGAAAGUAAAGCUAUUAUUGCCUCUGAGGAAAACAAUACACCUGAGAAGAAAAACAAAACCAAUAAAAGGAAGAAGUUCAAUAAGAAUGUGAAUACAACUACUCCACCUAAUGGCACCGUCGAUACUAAGGACGAUGACUCAAAAAGUAUAAAUGAUGUAAUUCAGUCCACAGAUGAUAAACCAAAGCCUUUAAAACAGUUUACUCCUCGUAAAUCAAUGAGCAAAACUGAAAAAUUUGUUGAUGCUCGUACAGUAAAUAAAGAUAUUGGAAAAUCUGCCUCUAAAACUAAUACACAUUCUACUCCGACUCCAAAAUCAGACAAUAAUUCUAAAAGAAAAAUGGUUAGUUUUAAUGAAAGUGAAACAUAUGCUUCUCGGCUUCAUAAUGGCGGAUAUGAACAUUCAAAUAAAAAUUAUAACACUAACCAGAAUCAACCAAAAAAAUCAAUCUAUAAAACACAAAAAUCAUAUGGCAAUGAAGCAGAUAAGCAAAAAACUGGAAAUACGGACAAUAAGGACAAUAACAGAAACACUAGGGAUCGUUCACGUAGAGAGUUUUUAGCUUAUAAACCAAAUCAAAUAUUUGUUGGACGAGUACCCACAAGUGCUACCAAGGAUAUUUUAAUAUCGGUCUUUUCAUCAUAUGGUGAAAUAAGUGAAAUUGCUUUAUUUAAAGCAAACAGUCCCACUGUUCCAAAUUACUGUUUUAUAACAUACAAAAAUCAAGAGGACAUGUACAAUUGCUUGUCGAAGCGUCCUAUUAUGUUGCCAAUUAAUGCUAAUAGCAAUCAUCGUCUUAACGUUGAGGUAAGAAAGAGACCAACUUAUGAUUCACCGUCAAACGAACAACCAAUAAAAGCCUCUGCUACUACUAAAACUCGAGUAUUUUAUAAUAAAAACUUUAAGUAAUUACUUAAAUUAAAAA